AUGAUAGGUGACGAAACCUGGGUAGACCAAACUACCUACUAUUCAAUCUUGGGUCUGACUACAGAUGCUUCAGAAGUCGAGAUCAAAAAGGCUUAUCGGAAAAUAGCUAUAGCUGUUCAUCCCGACAAAAAUAAAUCCAGUGGGGCGGCUGACGCGUUCAAGCUGGUGUCUCAUGCUCAGUCUGUGCUGGCGGACAAACAGAAACGACAGGAUUACAAUCGUAAACUGAUUUCUAAGGGUCUUCACACGUACGUACCAAAAGCGUGCAAGCUGUCAGCAAUGGUAGCCACCGUCACGGCCACAGCCACAACCGCUGCAAAUGGUGGCAACGCCGAACACAAUUUACGAACACCUAGGUCUUCACCUCAGAGAUCAGCACCGCGCUCGAGCUCUUCCAAAACCGCCCACACAACUGCGACUCGGUCACCCGAGCGUCCUCACACCUCAUUUUCUCGAAGAAGCAAACCCUACGAGCAACAACCAUACGGAUUCGGCCUCGAGCCCGAACCCAUACCGAAAAGCCCACAUUCUGCGAAUCUUCCUACUCGCCGAAAAAACAAUACCUUCAAAGCCAAAAGCUAUCAACAUCAGCGUCCCGAAGCUGCCUCCACUGAGGGUUCAAAGCUGCGAGGAUCCACUUACAGCUCUAGAUUCUCAACUACCUCUCAGGACCUUAAGAACCGAGACCAGUCGGCCCAAGACUUGCCCGAGAAUUCGGCUAGUGAAGGGAAACGAACAAAACUCAGUAGUGACCUGAAUCGCGGUGAAAGCCCUUUCUCAUCUCCAUUUUUGAACCAACAUGAACGUCAUUAUGCGAGGACUACACAUUACGAAAGAGAACAACAAAGAAGGUCUACCUCACCCGUGAAAAAUCAACCUAAUACCAGUGCAGAUGCUCUGCAAGACAUCAAAAACCUUUUGAAAAAGUUCGACAACGUCCAAAUGAAGAACGACCUUCAAGAAAAUACUACUGAAGCAGGCGUGAAAACUCAUUCCGCGACGAACGCCUCAAGAGUUACCCAUGGGGAUGCAACUUCUGUGGGUGAGAAGCUCGAGCACGAGUCGAUCUACCCACUAGAAAUGCACUCAAAAGCAAAUCCUUUAAAGCGCCCAGUGCAGAUUAAGACUCAAAUGGGCGCACCAGACCCAAACAACGCCUCGGAUAUUAGGCUUGACGAACUAGAAACAGUGCUACCCAACGAGGAAGAGCUUUUUGACAUGCAAGAAGUGAGUGACACGCUUGAAGGAGUGCGUGUCAAAAGACUUAAGACAGAGCGGAACAGCACAUUGGAGCAGGGUCUUGCUCACGGGCGAAGACAUAGUUCUGAAAGUGCACGCGGCCCCAUUUUCGAAAGUCUCUCUCGACCCGUCAACGAGCCACUGCCGCGAAUCUACAAAGCAGAGCCCCUGUCUUUCCAGGAGCUGGGGAUAGACACAAGUAUAACUGAUCUUCCGUUGCCUACGGAGCCAGUCUUGCAUUACAACGCCAUUACAAAAAACCGAGAUAUAGCACGAAUGACUCAAAUGGUAAGAAUUUUCCAGAAACAGGCCAAUGAACUCAAACGCAGGCUUCUAGAAGUGCUAUUAAGGCGCACAACAGCGGACGAUCUGUUUCAAGAUCGGCUCACGCGCGUCGAAAACACGGUCAUACUUUUGCAUGCCAAAUCUUACGAUAUGAAAGUAACAGAGAAACUUCAGGAACUACAAAAUCGACAGCGAGUGGUGGCCGAGAGUUUUGACAAAAUCAUGAAUUCACUGUACCGCAAUGGGUGGAAGGGAAGAUAG